AUGGCUUCUAUUCCAGAUGCUGAUGGAGAUAUUGUCAUCAAAGACCAUCAAGACAAAAGCCAUCCCCUUGAUUUGGACAGCACACUGAGUGAAAAAAAGAAACUUAAAAGGCCAAAGAUCGAUGAGAUUCAACAGAAAAAGGACCAAGUGACCAGAGAAUUGAACGAACUUAAAUCCAGAAUAGAAAAAAGAAGAUCAGCCGUCAUCGAGGAACCACAAGAGUCUAGUGAUGAUGAAGAUUUUGUCGAUAUUCUCGAUUCCGCUUUCAACACUUCUACCGCAAACGCUCUUGAUAAGGAUACUUCUGCGAAUUUGAACGAGUUUGACCAAUUCUUAGAAGAACACAAGAAAAUCGAUGAUAAAUUAGUCAAGACCAAGCAAUCAAAGAUAUUUCUACUUCGAAACAAAACCAAGAAAAUCAGAAAAAGUAGUUCUGUCUCAUCUUUAUCUUCCAGACUUAACGAUACCCAUAGUAAUUCAAUAUAUGGGUUAGAUAACUCCUCCAAAGCAUCAUUGCCUGGGAAACUAAUUCGCAGAAUAAGUACCAGAAAAGGAGGUGUCAGGGAUAAUGCCUCUAUCUUAACAAACUCAGUGUCUCAUAACAACAACAGCGAACUUCACAAACCUCCAACUCUAGAGGAGGUUUCAUCAGAAACCGAAAACGAACUCGAAGACAAGGAAAUCAUAACGUACAAGAAGGUUUUCCGGAAUAACAGAGAAAUAACUGGCAAGGAGUUAGAUAAAGUUCGUACUACUCAGAAUGUUAAGAAAGGCAUGCCAGCAGAAACAACAAUUAUGGAUGAUUCAGACGAUAAUAUCGAGACUUUCCAAUUCCAAUUUCAAUUCAGCAAGAUAAAAUUGAACGAAGAGAAGUUAAAAUUUAGCAAAGAAGUCAACGAAACCGUUGAGAAGCAUACGGCUGACGAGGCGAAAGUCACGAAUACAACAACCACAUUGAUUAGCAAUAGUCAUAAUGGGAAAAUUACUACCACAACAAUCAAGCCAAAACAGGCAAACGGCAAUAAAGGUUUACUAAGUGGAUUGGGGAUUAGCAGUGGGAUCGCCAGUAUUUAUGGCUCUCUUUUUGGCUGGAAAAAAAGGCAAUAA